GAUGUUGAUGUAAAGAGAGAGGAUUGUUUCAUUUAAUUUCUUCCUUGGACAGCCAUGACUGAAUUUUGCCACUCUUUGUUUGGCACAUAAUCUUGUGUUUUUCAAUUAGUGAAUUUCUUGUGUUAAUAUUGCAUAAUCUUGUGGUGUUAAUGCUUGUGUUGUUGAGUAGCUUGACAUAAUCUUGUGGUUGCUCAAUUUAUGUGUUUGACCAUGGCUGUUGAGAGAGGAUUUUGAGUGAAUCACUUGGCUAAUGUCUUCACCAAUUGGUUAAUUAAACUAGGGACUUUAAUCUAAGACCUAGGGAGGUUAGCUAAUUAGGUUAAUUGGCUUAGGAUAAUUUUCUUAAGUCAUGACAGCUUUAGUCAAGAGGAAAGGGAAGCUAAACUUGGCCUAAUCAUGAGAAGAUAAUGAGUCCAAAAUCAACUAAUCUCUAGGGUUCCAUUAUUGUGAAAAGGGAAGUUCAUUUCACUCACUUUCACUAGCAUUUUAAUUACUUGCACAUUAGGUAAUUAGCUAGGUAACUAAAUUCCUACAAACUUUGGUUGAUUUAUUUCACUAGAUAACUUUCAGUUAGACUUAAAACCAUUCCUUGGGAGAUGACCUAGGGUUGGCCCUAUAUUGUAUUAGGGUUAGCUUUAGUGUAAUUUUGAGGAUAAGCGACUAAUUUCCUAUCAAAAUUUUGGCGCCGUUGCCGGGGAAUGGUUUAAGUUUAAUUCUAAGGUUGUUUAGUACUUAAUUUACAUUUUUAGUGUUCCUGGAAAAUUUUUUGAAAAAUUAUAAAAAUUUGUGUUUUGUGUUUUGUUUAGUGUCUUUUGUGUGUUUUGAGUGUUUUUGUUCUGUUUUAGAAAAAAAAAAGAAAAAAAAUUAGUGCAAUUUUCGUUGGUUUGGUAUAGAGUUGAUGAUACUCUGUUUCUAGUGUCUCUGCUUGAAAUUGAAAAAUUAACUGGGAAUGAAUCUGAGGAAAUUUAAACUUCAAAUUUAUUUCAUUGAAAGAUAUAUAUCUUAGCUUCAUUUUAAAAUUUGUUUGGUCAAUUUUGGAUGUGGGAUGUGUCCUGUGAAAAUUUUACAAUUUAACAAGGUCCAGAGAGCCUUUACAGAGGACUCCUAAAACCCUGUUUCAACUUUGAGUUUUCAUAUCUCCCUCUCUGUGCGUUCAAAUUGAUUGAUUCCAGUUUCAUUUUUCUUAUCACUGUCUUAUCUUUGUUUCUUGUGUUUAGGAGUUUCUUCAAUUUUUCCAUUUUCCUAUUUGAAAGUUUGUUAGAAGCUCUGAAGGUCUUCUGGACGAAAUCCUGUUUCUCCAGACCUGUGGACCAACUUGUGAAAACUUCUGGGAACGAUUGGGAGGGAUUUGUAAUCUGAAAUUUUUAUAUAAUUUUUAUGAAUAUCUCUUGUCUCUCUCGUAAAAGUUUCAGGCGAAUUUCUCAUAUGGAUUGGCUGAUAAAAAAUCCACAAGUUCACUAUCUCCAAAAAGCCUACUGUGCAAAUUCCAGAAUUGUAAAGCUUCUUGAUUGAGCAUUUCUAACUCUCUUUCUACUUGUUUAGUGUUGUUUUUUAUUUUUUUUUUCAUUUUUAUUGUUUUUAAUUCUAAUAAAAAAAGAAAAAAAAAUUUCUCUUGAUUUUUGUUUGCUUGCAUUUCCACUCAUACACUUGCAAAGGACAUAUCAUUUGAGCUUCCUUGGUCUUUCCAUCAUUUUGAGCUUGAAUUUGAAUCAUUGCUUGUGGAUAUAAAUUUCAUUGCAUUUUAUGGCUUGGUUUCAUGAUCAUGAUUCAUUCCAUCAUUCAUUUGACAUCCAUUCCCAUCCAUUUCCAGCGCUUAACAUUGACCAUACAUCCCAUUUCCAUAAUCAAUUUCAACAAUAUAACUUUGAUUAUCCACCCCCAUAUCAUGAUCAUUUCCAUCCAAGUCACAAUUAUGAAUUUUCCAAUCCCAUGAGUUUUGAAGCCAAUCUAAGCACUCAUGUUGAGCGUACACCAUCCAUUGACAUUGAGCAUCUAGAAAAAUUAUAUGCACAAAGGGGUAAAUUUUAUUGUGUGCAUUGUGAGGCUAUCUCCCACUUCUAUUAUGAUUGUCCUAUUCUAAAAGGAUAUUGUGAACCACAUGGAGUAGCCCAAGCCUCACAAGAGAGAAAUUACAUGUUUCAAGUUGAAGACACACAAAAAGUUGCUCAUGAAGCUAUUGAGAAUAUAAAUACACCUCAAGCCACUCAAUCUCCAAAAGAGAAGGAGUCAAUCCAACCCUUACUUCAAGAGGUAAUUUCUCCUAUUCCUAUUGAGGUUGAUUCUUCUUCACAUUUGACUUUAUCUAAUGAUGAGCAUAAUGAUUUAAAUGAUGAUGACGUAGAUGAAGAAAUUAUAGUUGAAUCACCUUGGAUGUUUGAGCAUGAAUUAUAUUGUGAAAAAGUAUACCCUUGGGAGAAAAACACUUUGAGUUCACAUGAUAAUUAUCUUGAUUUAAAUUCAAAUAUCAUUGAAAGUGUUGACUCUUCACUUAGCUUGAAUAAAGAAAAUGAAAUGGAUGUUGAUGGUGGCGAUGAUGUAUCUUGUAUGCUUGAAAUUCCAAUUCCUUCUUGUGAUAUUGUUAAUAGUGCACAUGCACUUGUUUCUUCUAACCAUGAUGUGCUUGAGAAAGGUUGUUUACCUUCUUUUGUAGGUGAACAAGGCAAUGUAGCCAAACCAUCUCUUGAUUUCAAACUUGCUCAACUUGAAGAGGCUGUGGCUCCUACUAAGGAUUUGAACAAGGAAUUGAAAAUAACUCAAGAUGACAAGGAGGUUGAAAAUCAAGGAAUUGAUUUUACAAAGCCAAAUAGUAAUGAGAAUAACAUUGAUUUAAUGCUUGAUGAUUUUGAUGAUGAGUUGGCUUUGUUUCAUAGUACUUGUUCUAAUUUCCUAUUCACUUGUGAUUGUUCACAUGAUUCUCCAUGCCCUAUUUGUUUAGAAAUUAAUUCAUUUGUGCUUGAAAAUAGUAGCAAUCAUUUACUUGAUAAAAUAAUUGAUGAUGCAUGUUUGAGUGAAAUUAAUCAUGAGUGCACUUCUUUGGAACCCAAUAUGCUUGAAGAAGGGUUCUUUGUUGAUUUUAUAGGUCUAAAUGAUGAUAUGGCCAAGAACCCCCAUGUACUUAGAGGAUUUAUCAUUGCAAUGGAAGAGACCUUGCUAAUCAUGAAGAUGAUCAACCACAUGAAGUUAUGAAAGAUUCUACACCAUACAUCUUGGAGCCAUUACAAAUUGAUCUUGAGCCUCUACUUAAGAUGCUUGGAAUGAAGAUGAUAAUGAGUAGCUUCAUGCUACUCCUCAAAGAUGAAAAUUUUAACUUCAAGAGCUUGUGGAGAUUUAAACUAGGUGGCAUGUGACUUGUGCAUCAAUUGGGCAAUUGAGGUCAACACUCCUUGAGGUCAAUGGCUGAUGGUUUGCACGUGAAUUAUGAUUAUUUUGAGGGGUUAAAUCAGCUAAAAUGAUGUGGAUGACACAUGGGAAAUUAGGCACACAUUGAAUCAUCUACAAACCAAUAGGAAAUUGCCACCUUGCAAGUGUGACAAGGCUCCCAUUUACAUUUUAAUUUCUUUUUCUUUAUUUUAAUUAAGCUUCAGCUGAUGGGAGACACCAAGGAGCACGCCAUUUUAAGCCCCAAAUGGGAUCCAACACAUAUCUCAUUCAUCUUCCACAUUCUCUCUCUCUUGUUCAUAGUGUUCUUCAUUUUCUCUCUUUUGUUCUUCAUUUUCCAGCACCCUAACCUCCAUUUUCAGCCACCAA